AGGAACUGCACCCAGAAAAUUCCAAAUUUAUAUCACAUGGAAAAACCCCCCUUAACCCAAUAAUUGGGAAAAGGGGGAGAUACCAAAGUUCAUACUUUGUAAAGUUGUACUUAUAAAACAUCCUAAAAUACAGAGUUGUUGACAAGAUUAAGGUCCGAGGUUUCAGUAGUGAUGGGGGAUGUAAACCCAGAUUUUAUUCAACCCUCUGAAUUCAGGCCAAAUCCCACCUCAAUCAUUGAAGCCAAAGAAAUCCCAGUUAUUGACAUAUCCUCUGCAAGUGAUGGGGUGAUAGCAGAGAUUAAGGAAGCAUGUGAAAAAUGGGGAUUUUUUCAAGUGAUUAAUCAUGGGGUGCCUAUGGAGAAGAGAGAAAAGGCGGAGUUGGCGGCGAGGAAGUUCUUUGGCUUACCCCUUGAGGAGAAGAAGAAAGUUAGGAGAGAUGAAGAGAACCCUUUGGGAUAUUAUGAUUCAGAGCAUACAAAGAAUGUUAGGGAUUGGAAAGAGAUAUUUGAUUUUACGGUUUUGGACCCAACUUUGAUUCCUGCUUCACAUGAGAUUGGAGAUGAGGAGAUCAGAGAACUGAGGAAUCAGUGGCCUGAUUAUCCUCCUGACUUCAGGGCCGCUUGUGAAGAAUACACUAAAGAAAUGGUGAAGCUAUCUUAUAAAUUGUUGGAGCUUAUUGCAUUGAGUUUAGGUGUCCCUGCAGAUCGUUUUAGUGGUUUUUUCGAGGAUCAUGCAUCCUUUAUUCGUAUUAAUUACUAUCCACCUUGCCCCUACCCUGACCUGGCUCUUGGAGUUGGUCCUCAUAAGGACUCUGGUGCCUUGACUGUCCUUGCACAAGAUGAUGUUGGAGGACUAGAAGUUAAACGGAAAAUGGAUGGAGCAUGGAUCCUUGUGAAACCCACCCCUGAUGCAUAUAUAAUCAAUGUCGGAGAUGUAAUUCAGGUUUGGAGCAAUGAUAAGUAUGAGAGUGUGGAGCACAGAGUAAAAGUGAAUAUUGAGAAAGGGAGAUUAUCAAUUCCAUUCUUCUUUAACCCGUCACACUAUGUUACAGUCAAGCCUUUGAACGAGCUGAUUGACAAACAGAACCCUGCUAAGUACCGGGAAUACAACUAUGGGAAGUUCUAUACCACAAGAAGGCUCAGCGACUUUAAAAAGCUCAAUGUUGAAAAUGUCCAAGUCGCUCAUUUCAAAAUAGUUGAAUAAUAUAGGAUUGGUUGCAACCACAAAAUAUGUUACUGUCUGUGUGAAAGGACACAAAGUCUGCUAUUUCAGUAAGAAGUAUAAAGCUUUUCUCAAUAACAGAUGAUGUACUAGAUGUUUGAUACCUUUUGUGUUCUCAUAACAGAUGAUAUACUUACGUAAAUUUGUGAUUAGGAUGAGAAUUAAGGGCCAAGUAUGAAGAUAAUCCUGCCCAUUGUUUUGAUGUACGAAUACAACUAUCACGUACUUCGUAUAUAUAAGAUGCAGAUUAUGACUAUGUUAACUUGGCUCACUUGUUAAAAUAUACAUCUUUAUGAGACUUUUUGUACUAUAAUCUUUCAGUAACAUAUUCUCAACUUUGUAGCCAUUGUCUUUGGCUGAUUUUAUGUAUCUAUGCUGGCCUACAUUUCUUCAGUAA